CAUUGUUGUCAUAUCACCUAUAUCAACUAUUAUACUGCAACGUGAGGAAUGUUAUUGUUUGAUCAUCUGAAGCAUCCAAAUACUUCAUUAUUAAAUAUGGCUAUGAGGAGUGUAUCCCGUGUGGAGGUGGAAGGAGAACUGGAGGGGGAGGAGAGCUUUGGGCCGCAACUGGUUGCCCGUCUGGAGCAGUGUGGCAUCAGCAGCAGUGAUAUCAAGAAGCUGGAAGAUGCCGGGUUUCACACCAUUGAGGCCGUGGCGUACGCACCGAAAAAGGAACUGCUGAGCAUAAAAGGCAUCAGUGAAGCCAAAGCCGAAAAGAUCCUAACAGAGGCUGCUAAGAUGGUACCCAUGGGAUUCACGACAGCAACAGAGUUUCACCAGCGGAGAGCUGAAAUUAUCCAGAUCUCCACUGGAUCCAAAGAGCUUGAUAAACUCCUACAGGGAGGAAUCGAGACGGGCUCUAUCACUGAGAUGUUUGGAGAGUUCCGCACAGGAAAAACACAGCUGUGUCAUACGCUGGCCGUCACCUGCCAGCUGCCCAUAGAUCAGGGUGGUGGGGAGGGCAAAGCCAUGUACAUCGACACAGAGGGAACUUUCCGUCCAGAGAGACUGCUGGCUGUAGCUGAGAGGUACGGGUUGGUGGGCAGUGAUGUGCUGGAUAAUGUGGCGUACGCAAGAGCCUUCAACACAGACCAUCAAACACAGCUGCUUUAUCAGGCCUCUGCAAUGAUGACUGAGUCCAGAUACGCUUUGCUGAUAGUAGACAGCGCAACAGCCCUUUACAGGACAGAUUACUCCGGACGAGGAGAGCUUUCCGCACGUCAGGGACAUCUGGGACGAUUUCUACGCAUGCUGCUCCGUCUCGCUGAUGAGUUUGGUGUUGCCGUCGUCAUCUCUAACCAGGUUGUAGCUCAGGUGGAUGGAGCGGCCAUGUUUUCUGCAGAUCCCAAGAAGCCAAUUGGUGGAAACAUUCUAGCACACGCCUCAACUACUAGAUUAUAUCUGCGGAAGGGUCGAGGUGAGACACGCAUCUGUAAGAUCUACGACUCGCCGUGUUUGCCAGAAUCAGAGGCCAUGUUUGCCAUCAAUGCCGAUGGAGUAGGUGACGCCAAAGACUGAAAGGUUAAACAUAUCGGAGGCUCUUCAUUACUCUGCGCUCGGUUAUUGGAGAUACAAGAACAUCUGCCAGAGAAGAGGCUUGUGUGAAAUUAACAAAAGAAACUUUGUAAAUUCACAGAAACACAUUAUUUAGUCUGGAAUUAAAAGUGGGAUAUAUCCUGACAUUUAAAUUCUGUACAGAAGACUGGCAUGUGUAUAAUAUUAUUAGUGUUAUUAAAUAGGUUUAUCAUCUGAUGGGUUUAUUUACAGCUGUCCAGAUUGAUGGAUCUGAAUGAUCUGAGCUGAUGUAAUUAUUUGUUCUUUGCUAUGAUGUCAACCUUUUUGUGUUGUUUACAUAUUUUGUUUUGUCUGGACUAUUUUCGCUUUUGCUUGU